AUGAGUUCUACUACAGCUUCAAGUAGAAGACUUGAAGGAAAAGUUGCAAUUGUUACAGCAUCAACAGACGGGUGGGUAACGCAAUAUUUUUUCAGCUCAUUUGAACUACAAAUUGAACUGAUAAAAUCUAUAAUCGAAUCUCAGGCUCAAAAAUUUUGUAGUCAUAUUUGCAAGAAAAGAAAACUUAAAAGUAAAGAAGAGUUUGUACAGACUAGCCGUAACUAAAGGUUAGGAAGUGCUUGCGAACAUGUACGUUCACCUUAAAGGUGCGAUUGAUAUUGAGAACCGCUUUUUUUUAAGUGUACUUGAAUCAGAGAAAGCCCCUUUACGUGUAGUUCCAGUGUCAACAAAAGGAAUCGGGGCGGAUCAUGAACGUGGAAACUGAAUGGAACAAGUCAGUAAACAAAUCAAAUUUUGAGUUCCACGAUUUUAUUUUCAGUGGCUUAGAUAUGAUUAGCUUGCGAACCAUCAGAAGCGAGGAGAGACAGCUGGAUGACAGCUGUAUUCGCAGGCAAAGGUACAGUGGAACCCCACCUUAUGGCCACCUCGUUAAUACGGGUCACCUGGUUAUUAUGGCCAAAUUUUUCCAGCCCAUUGGUGACCGUAUUAAUGGGGUUCCACUGUACAAUGAAAACGGUAAUGUGUGACAUAAACAACACUCAACGUGGAAUUAUACAGUCAUGUCAUGACUACUUGAAGUCCUUUUAUUCAAUGGGAUAUUCAAUCCAUGUUCAAUGACCAAAGGGCAUUGAAAUGUAAUAGAAAAUCAUGAAAAAAGUUAUUGAAGCUUAGAUGAAAAGUAACAUAACAUGCUUGGAAAUGUAUAGAAAUACAAAAACCAUGCACUCUGUAGUACAGUGUAACCUGAGUUAACUUAGUUACAUGGGUGUAUAGACUUUGUAAUCACUUGUAUCUUACCGAAGACUCGUCCUGCACUAAGCUGAGAUCAGGCUCUACUUUCAUUUCCCUUGGUAAAUAGAUUUCCGGCUGGCAGUGUGUAUUGAAAAGUCUUGUAUAUAGUGCAUUACAUGUAUACCUGAAUUUUAUUAUGUGCGUUUUUUCGAAUCAAACAAAUAUUGUUCUUACAUCACUUGCAUUUGCAUUCACGUGAUUACAGAGAACCUUAAACUCAACACUAGGGCCUUUGUGGCCGUACCAUGCAUAGUGGUUGGCUCAUCAUGGCCAUCCCAAGAGUGAGGACAGAUUUUGGAAAAACCUCGCUAUACAGUUUUAUAAAGUUCCAGUGACCAAGAAAAGUCUGUGGGUUUCUCUUGUUGCCUGCAAAAAGCAGAAUAGACCUGCUAUUAUGGCACUUUAUAUUAUAUGCCGAUUUCACGUUGUUUUCUCUUGUUGUGCAUAAAAUUAUACCGUAUUUUUAUUAUUCUAUACAUAAAGCUUACAAAAACAAAGGAAAAUAGAAGAUUAAACCAAUGAUAAGCUUAAAAUUGAUUCACACUAGUGAUACAUAUUUUCCCUGUAAAGAAGUGUAAAUGUUCAUUCCACACUUUUGAAUAGAUAUUUUGAAAGGAUUAUGGUCAUAUGAGUGCUUUGUAAUUCCCAUAAAUUAGGCUAAACGAUUAGAUUUGGCUGAGAGGCGUGUUUGCAUCAAGAUGUUUUUCAGUUAGCCUGGGACCAAGCUUUGAAGUGGGGGAAAAGGUGAAUGAAAUGGGCGAGCGAAGCAAGUCGAGCAGGAGUCUAACCCUUUCCCCCUCCCCAAGCCAUUGCUUGCCUCUCUUUGCUUGCCGAUUUUUCUUUCUGUUUCAACCUGCCUUUUAUCUUUUUCUCCCACUACAGUGCCUGCUCCCAGGCUAUUUUCCUAUGCACAAGCUAAUCAUGCAAACGUAAAUUUGAAAAAGUUUUGGAGCUGAAAACUUGACAAGUUACCUUAUCUAUCCAUUUCCUCGACAGAUGAUUAUGAAACAUGGAAAAACUAAACAUGCUGUAUGAAGGUUGUUUCAGUUAAGUCAGUCACUGUCAACAACAGUCCUCUUCAUGGCCCAGUUGUUCGAAAGAUGGAUAUAGUACUAUCCAGUGAAUAAAUCUCUAUCCAGUGGUAAAUUUUUAUUGCUUAAAUUUCAUAUUGUAGGUAAAUUAUUUUCUUUCUAAUGAUGUUCAUUAUCAUGCUCAAUUAAAAACUAAAGAGAGCCCAACCCCCUAUCGAAGUCCACAUGUACAGCUGGGCUGCAAAGUGAAGCAAGGUCUUAACUUGGAAAAUGUUGGAUGCUACUGUUUGCCAACUACCUGAUUUAUAAGCUAAGGAAAAUUUCCACAAUAUUUUAAGAAAUUUCAAAAGCAAAACAUUUUACUAGUUUAGCAGGAGUGCCAGCUUUUUUUCUAAAGGUGAUAUUUGAUACUUUGUACGUGUAAUUUUAUUUUAUUACUAUGAUAAUAUUAGUAUUUAAAUUUCCACUUCAAGAUAGGAUUUGGAAUUGCCAAGCAGCUUGUUCGAGAUGGUGCCAAAGUCAUGAUUAGCAGUUGGAAACAAGACAGGGUUUCUAGUGCUGUUUCAGAGUUGGAAAACCAGGAGCGAGGUUGUGAAGUUAAAGGUGUGGUGUGCCACGUCGCAAAGCCUCAGCAUCGUAAGAAUCUCUUUGAAGAUUAG